AUCGACGUGAUGUUCAUUUAUAUAGGUCUCAUCAGAGAUUUUCAAUUUCAAACGCCGCACUGUUUCACCACUUCUAAAUGCUGUUUUAAAAGUAAAAUAAUAGUAGUAAAACCCAGAUUUUUCUUUGCCGAUUUCAGGGUUUAUGUGGAUUCACUGAUAUUAAUCGACUAAAGGAUAAACAAACAAAGAUACACUAUACAUGAGCAAGCAAUUGCUAUCUCAGAGUAACUCGAAGAAAUUUAAAUGGGUUCCAGAUAAUAAUCUUUGUCAGUCGAAGGAUUGCUCCUCAAAAUUUGGCAGCAAAGCUGAAGAGAACCUUCUGGCAACGACAACUGGGAUGUUGGACUCUUAUAGAAUGAAGUUUGAUGACGCACCCCCUGCUUUAGCUUGUGUUCCCCAGAUCAAAUGGAAAUGUCCUCCUGUGUUCAUUAUCAAUAAUAACUGGCAUGUGGUAGCUGGUGAACAAAGUGAAGAAACUAGGACCCAGAUGUUUAGACAACUGAGAUUGCUUGAAGCUAUAUAUCCCCAUCAAUCUGCCAUUCCUUCAAGCCCCUCUGUUUCGCCAGGUUUGGGAGAAUGUGACUAUGAUGAUCAUGAAACCCCUCUUAUCCCGAUCAGUCCUUGUGGGGAGGAAGAUGCAGUAGAUUAUGAAUCAAAAACAUAUCCUAUUCCUAGUUCAGCGCCUGUGCAACAAGAGGAGGCAGUGAAAUUUGCACAACAUAUUACUCUCGAGGAACCGAAAGUGGCUGUUAAUGAGAAAUCAGUUGAGAUACAUACUGGUUUAGAGGGUGGGGUUGUUGCUGCGGCUAUUACUGCCUUUGCAGAACUCAUGGAAAGGAAUGAGAGUGGCCAGAUCGACACUGAUCUCCUCGGUAACAUCCUCAGUGAUCCAAAAAAAAUUGAGACAUUGUCAUUUGAUUCUACAAAAAUAACACCCAUGAAUGGGCCAAUGUCUGGAACUUCUGUAUCUCUUCCCAGCAUAGAUUGUCUGAGCACUGUGUUCCAGAAGCCUGUGAAUGAACACUCCAACAUGCACAAUGUUCAACAAUCAAGUAGACUUGCUUCAAAUGUGUUGACUAAUCUCGGAGCAACCCAAGUGCCAAAAUUGUCCUCGUCUUUACAGACCACUAUGCCAUCAAUGAAAUCAACAUCUCAGGCCUCCAUGAUGAACCGGGAAUUUCAGCCUUUUUUGUGGGCCACUAUGCCCGUAAUGAGAUCAAUAUCUCAGGCGUCCAUGAUGAACGAAGAACCUAGCAUGGCACUGUUACCUAGGCAUGGUCUCUUACAUGAAAAUUAUAGGAAGGAAAAUCAAAACUUUCCACCGGAAACUCAAUUUCAUCCACUAAUGAGCUUUCCGCGUUAUUCAUCUUCAUCAGAUGGACUAAUAUCACCUACUGUUGUGCCAGUCACCAGAGUUGUCAAGGAUGCGAGCUAUUACAAGAGACUAAUUGAGCUUCACGGAACUGAUAAAAGUGGAGGUCGGGAAGAGAUUAUGCAUCAGUACAGGCCAAGAACAUCUGAGUUGACACCAGCUGCUGGAAAACGAGAUGCAAGGGGAAAGAUACCAAGACCAUGCAAAUUUUUCAACAGCUCGAGAGGGUGCAGGAACGGGUCGACCUGCCCCUUUCAGCAUGACUCAUCGCUUAAGCUGCAAGCCGGAAGAUUGGCCGAUGUUUACAGUAGCAAGAGAAUCAAACUCAGUAAGAAAAUCUCUUAAAGAAUGUAUACUGAUUUGUUGGUUUUAUGUAGAGGUUUGUAGGUGAACUAAAUUGUCAGUCUCAGUGUCACAACUACAUCAUUCUAUAUCUUCAAUUUUUUAGGUGUCAUAACUAUACCAUUAUAUUAUUGAUAUAUUUUUAUAUCUCAAGUGUCCUAGUCACAAAUAUAUUAGAGUAAUUAUAAAACAAAAAAAUUAAUUUGGUGAUAAUUUUAAGUUUAAUAUUAUUUUGAUUAUUGUAAUAAAGGACC